GCAUUUUAAUGGCGAGCAGAUGCCCAUUUCCAAGCACUCCUGUCACCAUUACAGUUGCCUUGACUCUGCAACAGGUUCAUACCCUCCAACCUGUUCUGUUAAAAUUAAACACCAAUUCCUCAUUGUGGAAAUGCAGAUAUGCAAAAAAACUCUUUUUAGGCCAUCAUUGCUUGCUAAAGUCUCUGAGAAAGCUCUUCUUCCAGCAGGUGGUUCUAACAUUGCCCCUUGCAUCACAGAGAACUUUAUUUCUUGGAGCACCCUUGCAUCAGUUUGCACACGCUCAAAAAAAAUGAAAGCAAGCACAGGUGUCAUUUUGGUAGUAGUUGUAGGAAGGCCCAGUCUCUCCCCCAGUCUCUUUUGCACAGCCCCCACUCAGCCUUCCUUUUUUUAAAGCCCUGCUCCAUUUAGUAGCAGCACUUGUCAUCAGACAAGCCCCCUCCCCUUUCCACAUUCAUUUCCAUGGUAACCCUUCUAAGGCAUUCUGCAGGCUGAAAACUACUUUUGCUCUUUCAUCAAGCAAGCUGGUAUUGUUGGGGGCUCAGUGUAUUCCUACAGCUUUUGAAUAAAUAAUAAAAAAAGCAGAAUUUGGAUGGACACUUGUUAUUUGGAAGGGGGACCCUAAAGCAGGAAAGAACGGGCAACCUUCAAAUGACCUACUGUCUACACAUUGCUCAGUUCAGGAAAACAAUUUUGUUUCAUUAAUUGAUUAACUUAAGGGGUGGGGUUUAUGAGAAUUAUCAUUCUGUGAAGUGAACGUGGCGACUCCCUAAAAACAGCUUCCAGGAAGAAAAAUGGGCAGAUGGCCGGCCGGGCUCUGCUGCUGAACUGCUGGUUGCCCUUGUGCUCCUUUUCAAAUCAAAUGUCAUAUUGACUCAAAUCCAACAUUGGAAGCAUGUGGCGAGCUACAGCACAUUGGCCCUGUACAAUGUAUCCAUCAAACUGGAAGGAAGCCCAAAACCAAACCUCCAUUGGCCAAAACACAUCAUCUGCAGAAACCCCAAGUACCUCCUAAGCCUGUCCAUCUGAAACCUGGGCAGGAAAGAAUUCCUCCAGCACCUUCUCGGCCCUUGCCAGCUGAUCCCAAGUCAUCAAGAAGCUUAGUGCCUGAAGAGGAAGAAACACAGACAUCAGCAGGAGUCAAUAUCCUCAUUGAAAAGUUUGAAAAUAUUAGGCAACCUACCCACAUUCUUCAAAGAAACCAACUCAAUUUAACUUUUAAGAUGGAACCUGGAUUGGACUCUCCCAAACAGCCGAGCUCAAGUGACUGUGAAUUGGUAGCUUCCUGUAGUAGUUCUACAAAUGAAAAAAGUGAGCCAGAAGAAAAUGAUCCAGACGUCCUGUGCAGUGCAGAGCUGUCUAAUGCAGACAUAAUGAAAAUUAAAGAGCUCAGCAUUGGGGAAAACAAGAGCUAUGAAGACAGUUCUGCUGUGAAUGAGAGCAAAGAGCCCUCUGGAGAGCUGGAGAGCAAGGACUCAACCUCAGAGUUGAAUGGUAAUGGUAAAAUUCCCAACAGGGACAGUGGAAUAGACAGCCCUUCUUGUAGUGUGGCAGGAGAGACUUUCCCAAAUGAGGAAGGCACAGACCAGAAGAAAUCUACUGCCGCUGGGAAUCCAGCAGACAUGGAAACUGACAGAAAGGGUAGCAAGUCCUCACCUGUAGAGCAGAAGAGAGACUCAACCCAGGAUGAAGACAGUGAUCUAGAUGAAGGAAGUAGUGAGGAACAAGAGACAGCAGAUGUGCCAAAGUUGGAAUAUUUAGAUGUAAACAAGUGUACAGAGCCGCAAAAACUGUUCAACAUUGCAAACGAACUGCUCCAUACAGAAGAGGCUUAUGUUAAAAGACUGCAUCUGCUGGACCAGGUUUUUUGCACUAAAUUGUCAGAAGCAGGUGUUCCAGGUGAAGUGAUAACUGGCAUCUUUUCAAAUAUUUCCUCUAUCUAUCGCUUCCAUGGACAAUUUCUCCUGCCUGAACUCCAAACAAGAAUUACACAAGAGUGGAAUACCAAUCCACGAUUGGGAGACAUCCUUCAAAAACUGGCUCCGUUUCUGAAGAUGUAUGGAGAAUAUGUGAAGAACUUUGACAGAGCAAUGGACAUGGUAAACACAUGGAUGCAGCGAUCAUCUCCAUUUAAAGAUGUUGUUCAAAACGUGCAGAAACAGGAUGUGUGUGGGAAUUUGACAUUGCAGCAUCAUAUGCUUGAACCCGUGCAGAGAAUUCCUCGCUAUGAGCUUCUUCUAAAGGAUUAUCUAAAGAAACUUCCAGAAGAAUCUCCAGACAGGAAAGAUGCUGAAAAAUCGCUGGAGCUCAUUUCUACAGCAGCAAACCAUUCAAAUGCAGCCAUCCGAAAGAUGGAAAAGAUGCACAAGCUGUUAGAAGUGUAUGAGCGACUUGGGGGCGAAGAGGAUAUUGUUAACCCAGCCAAUGAACUCAUUAAAGAAGGCCAAAUCCAGAAACUGUCCGCUAAGAACGGCACAGCUCAGGAUAGGUACUUGUUUCUGUUUAACAGCAUGGUGUUAUACUGUGUGCCAAAAUUGAGACUGAUAGGCCAGAAGUUCAGUGUUCGAGAAAAGAUGGACAUUGCAGGCUUGCAGGUCCAGGAAAUUGUCAAGCAAAAUGUAUCUCAUACAUUUUCGAUAACAGGAAAAAAGAGAUCCUUGGAACUCCAAGCUAGGACAGAAGAGGAGAAGAGAGAAUGGAUUCAGGUCAUUGAAGCAACAAUUGAAAAACACAAACAGAACAGUGAAACAUUUAGAGCUUUCAAUAGUUCUUUUUCUCAAGAAGAUGAGCAUCUUCCAGAUUCUUCAAUAGUAAGCACAAGUUCUGUAGAAUCUAUGCCAGGAGCAGAUGGCUUCAGUGCAUCUGGAGGGAUUGAUUCCUGCAGAAAAUCAUCUUCUAAAGCCAAGCGAGACAAGGAGAAGCAAGCGUGCAAAAGCUGCAGUGAAAGCUUUAACUCCAUCACCAAAAGGCGGCACCAUUGUAAACAAUGCGGAGCAGUUAUCUGUGGGAAAUGCUCUGAAUUUAAGCCACUUGCAGAUAACAGCCGUCACAAUAGAGUGUGUAAAGACUGUUUUCUGCUGUCACCAGCAGUCCUGUGCAACCCAGGAGCUGAAUCUACAGGAGAACAAAAGAAAAAAACUGCCAUUGAGAAACCAAACUUUUUGGCAGCUGAAAACAGCCUUUUCAGCAGCCGCCUCCUGUUCCUAGACAAAGGGAAGACUUGGUGCAAAGUGUGUGUCACCAUCCCCAAGACCGAACCUCUUGUCUUGUAUCUGCACGGGGGAAGUCAGGAUGGCCAAGCUCCACGUGCCAUACCACUGCCUGGAUAUGCAGUCAGUCUACCAAGUUCUGGUGAGAAGUUUGAAGUGAAACACGUCUUUAAGCUUUGCCAGUCCCAGCAAACUACAUAUUUCAGUGCAGAGGAUGAAGAACUGCAAACAAAAUGGAUGGAAAUCCUCACCAAAGCAGCUAAAGGAGAGAUUGAAGAUCUAGCUGAAGGAAUCGGUCAACUGUAGAGCAAGCUCCAUUUAGUUUCUUUAGUACAUGCUAUAAACCAUCACUUGAAUUCAGUAUUCAUGGCACUUUGGAAUCUGUAUGGCUUUAUAAUUUCAUGAGUCCGCAUAGGAAUUUCAGUGUUUUUUCUGCUUUCAUUGUACAUUUAUCACGUACAGUGCUAGCUGUCUGGAACAUAUUAUGUUAAAGAAAAGAGUAGUUGUAGUUGUUGACAGUGUUUAUGCUGGUUUUACAUAAAGAGGCAAGGGAAAAGCAUUAAUUUGAUCAAAGGUAUCAGAAAACCAUCAGUCUCUUGUUUUCCUAUAUGUAUAUUUUUUUCAGUCCUUUUGAUUGCUGUUCAGUGCAAGAUGUGUAUAGUCUGUGAUUAGUUAUAUAAAUGCUACCUUUAAGGUAAAUGUUGUAAAGGCUUGUGGCUGGCCACUGACAUUCCGUUCUCUGUCCUUUCCCUUCUGAUAAAAUGGUCUUUGUGAAAUGUAAGCAAUGUAUUGAAUUUUUUUUUUUUUUUUGCUAAAAGUGUUUGUCUCUACUAUUUUGAGAUGACGUGUUCACAAGACAUACUGUAGAAGAGACUUCUAAUUGCUGCAGAUUAUGCAGAAAAGAACGUUGAGAAGUCUGAUUAAUAUUAAUCUGUUAUAUAUAUUUUCUCUUUUGAAAACACCUUCCUGAUUUCCUUUCUGAACCUGUUUUAAUGUAAGUGAACAAACAUUUUAUACUGAAAACUGGGUCAUGACCAAUAAACAAGAACAUUUUUAGUACACACAGUACAAAAAAGUGACUUUUUAUUGUUGUUGUAUUGGUUAACUUUAAAGUAAUCUGGGAUUUAUUUAUAUAAUUUGUAAAUAAUGUUACAUGAGUAUUUUAAAACAUUUUAAAAGUUUUGUGCUAAUAAUCAGAUUUAGUCAAUAGAAUAAGAGAUUUGUAUGAAAUCAAUUUGUAAUUUAAUUUUCCUGUUUAUCUGUAUUUGUCUGAUUUUCACACUUAAGUGCUUAUCUAUUUAAAUAAAAUCCAUGCAGUUAACUCCUGAGCCAAAUCUCCAAGAUACUGCAAGCUUUAGAUCAACAUUUAACAUAGGUACAGAAUGAGAGUAAUGUCUAUUUCUAGUGAUAGCAAUCGUGUAGUGCUGAUAUGCAAAGGGAAAAAUAAAAUAAAGUAUUACAUUA